UUGAAAUAUUCUUACCAUUUUAUUAUUUCACCUCAACUUUACAACAACCAUUCGCGUUUGGUCAUACGUUGUUCAUAAUUUUGAUUGACGAAGCGGCCUAUGGCGAUGAGAUAACGUUUUAAAAUGUAUUGUAGGCGAACAGGUACCGUUUCAAAAAUCUUAGGGUUUAAUUGUUCUUUAUUUUGCUUAUUUUCAUUACAGGUUUUUUAUUAAAAUUAAUAUUAUAUUUAUCCGUUAUUAUAAUUUACAAUAAUUAUCGGUUUAUCACUAUUCACUAUUGUAGUCCAAACAUAGAUGUUUUAAAUCGUGGAUAGGUAUCUCGAGAAUAAACACUUCGUCAAACUACGGGUAAAAAGUGAUAUUAUAAUUGUAAAAAAUAUGUUAAGUUAAAUUCUGAAAUCUUCGGGUACAUAGUAGAUACACACUAUACGGCCAUUUGUCCGUUUGACCGCAAGUGAUGGAGUUAAAAGUAUACUUAUAAUAUUUCUGUUCAAAAAAAUUGUACUCAUACUAAGUUGUGGCUGCCCACAAACCGUAUCAGUCGUUUGGAUCGUUGCGGUCGCGUCGACAGUUGACCACACGAUCCGUGUACGGCGUACGCGCUAUGCACAGCAUGAUCUUAGUUUCGGUCGUUUAGGACCAUGAAAGAAAUAAUAAUAAUUUUAUUACGAUUAUUUCUAUUGUGGAUCAGUGAUUCAGAAUCGGAACAUUCGGAACUUGGAAGUGUAAAUUGUUAUCAGUCGUAUAUUAUCAUUGAGCGCACGUACCACGGUUGCGGCCUGUCCGGUUGAACUACAAUCGCCACGAUCGUCUUCAUAGUUUAUAAUCUCAUUGCUUACACAUGUCCGUGUAUGUUUAUCAAUGAUGAUAAAAUAUAUUUUAACACCGUGAAGCGGUCCGUUGUUGUGCCGUGGCGCUGCACCGCUACAUUGAGGUGUUUGUGUAUGAGUUCUAUCGUGUGAACACUGAAUGUAAAUAAAGAACUUUUGUCAAUUAUUGUAAAAUAAUUCAAAUAAUAAUAAUAAUAAUAAUAAUUGAAAUAAUUCGAAUGCCGAAUAUUAUGCCAUUAACAUUUUGUCAUUUUAUAAGCGUUUGUAAAUUUGAACUUUUAAGUUUAUUUUAUAUUAAUUACUGUUAAUAUUAUAUACGUGUACUAAGCUUAUAAGUUUUGUCAACAAUGUCCGAAGAAAAGGUAAUUGAAAAACCUCUGCAACAGUUCGUUGUUCAAGCUCUAAAUUUGGAAGGCGACAGUUUAGUGGAAGUAAUUAAACAAGCUUUGGAUUGUGUUGACACAUUUGUGUUCGCAGAACUCUUAAAAUGCCCCAACGUUAUUGCACUGGAGACUACACGUCACGCACCACACCUUCAUGCUUUACGCAUGUUUUCACAAGGUACAUAUUUGGAUUAUCUGUACAAAAAAGAAUAUUUGCCAGAACUUAGUGAGCCCCAGAUAAAAAAACUGCGAUACUUAACAAUUGUUACAUUAGCCAAUACAAUGAAAAGAAUACCUUAUGAUGUUCUUUUGAAGGAGUUGAACGUUGAUAAUGUCAGAGACCUAGAAGACUUGAUCAUUGAAGCAAUCUAUUCAAAUGUAAUUUCUGGUGAACUUGAUCAACAAAGUAAUUAUCUGGAAGUAAAUUGGACAGUUGGUAGGGAUGUUGGAACUUAUGAUGUUGACAACAUGAUAGACACAUUACAGCAAUGGUGUGAUUCCUGUGAAAAUGUUCUUUCCACAGUACAAGCUCGUAUUUUUGAUGCUAAUAAAACUAAACAAGAUUUUCUUAAACACCGGGCUGAUCUUGAAAAUAAUGUUGCUAACGUGAAAAAAGCAAUUAGAUCUCAAACAGAAGAUGAAGAAAUGUUAGUGGAUACUAGUUGUCCCACAAAAAAAAUUGUAAAAGGAUCAAAACUUAACGGAACUAAAUUUUGGAACAAGUAAAUAACUGCACAAUAAUAAUAUUUCACAUAAAUUUAUAAUUGGUGUUAUUAUUAUUUUAUUUAUAUAAUAAUUAUAAUAUGUAUAAACUAGCAAACUAUAAGCCUUAGCCCUUAAGUAUAUAAUGUUUUUCCUAAUAAUCCUUUUAAUUUAGUUUUAUGGUACACAUAGGUACUGGAUAUAAAAAUUACAUUUUUGAUGUAUGAUUUAUUAUACCUAAUUACUUUUCAUUAUAAUAUUUUUACAUUUACUUUUCAACUACAAAAAUAUUUAAGUCUCAUAUGAUUGGAAAAUAGUUGUUACACCUAGGUAGUAAAUUAUUGUAAUGUCAUUUCUAAUUCAUUGUUUUCAUAAUUUCUACAAAAUAAUUAUUUCUUUAAACUUUGUCCAACUUCAUUUUCAUUUUUGCUUACCUGUAAUAAAAUUAUGUUUUUAGUUAAAAUAUUUUGUAUUGAGAAGAUUUUUUACUCACAUAAACACAUAACAUGGUAAAUUUUACAUUUAGAAGAAUCUAUUCAAAUUUGGUACUUUAAAAAAAAAAAAGUGAAUUGUCCUAUUAUCAAACUAAGAAUAUUAUCUAAGGAAUCUAGAUACAUUUUUUGAUAGAUAUUUUUAUUUUGGCAAUUUAUGAAAAAUUGUAAUAUUUACUAACAUUUUACAAAUUUAAAAUAAUUGCAUCAACAUUACGAUAUUACUAAAAAAAUCUAUUGAAGUGCUUAAAAUAAUCUGAUUUUUUAGUUUGAUUAUAGAUUAAUUCAUUCUAUUAUUAAAAAUAACAAUAUUGCAGAUUUUUUUUUUAAACAUAAUUCCCUGUGUCAUGUGUAAUGUGUUGCUAACAUAACAUACUAUGUAGCCAUAUAGAGGCAACAUCCUCUCAAUGCUUAACUAUACUCAAAUAUAAGUUAUUUAAAUAAGUAAUCAUAUAAUUGUUUUACAACUUUUUAACUUAGUUUUUUUAUACAAAUCUUCAAAUAAAACUAACAUUGUAAUAAUGUAAAAGACAAAUAAAUAUUUCAUCCAUAAUGGCCAAUUACACUGUGAAUGGCAUUUAUGCCUAAUGGUAAAGCAAAUGAAAACUAAGCCUAAAAACUAAAUGAUUUAAAUAUAAUAUGCAAAAUGGAAUAAAUUAUAAAGACUAAAAAUAAAUAGGGGGUGAAAAUAAAAAAGUAAAUACUAACACAAAAAAAAAAUAUAAUAAUUUGUGUGUAAGUACUUAUUACUUAAUUUUAAAAUAAUACAUAUUUAACAAAAACAUUGUAUCAUUUAUAUAAAUGAAACUUGAACAUUUUUAAGUACUACAAAAUUAACUAAUUUUUUAAAUACCAUCUUUAUUUUUUACUAAAAACCUAUUUUAAAAAACUGAAAUGAAAAUAGCCAUUUAUCAUUAUUUACAUUAGAAAUCACUACGAAAUAAAUUUUUUCCAACAAGAAUCUUAAGCAAAGUCAGUUAUCUUUAGUCUUUUGGUAUUUGGUAGUGUUUUUAUGUGAGUUUUUUAUUAGAAUUUUUAUAAUAUUAGCUUUUUAUUAUAUAAAUAUUUUAUAUAUCACUAAAUUAUUAAUUGAAAAUACUCAAAACUUUAAGUACAUAAAAAAAAAUAAAUAUAAUUAACUUCUAUUAAAGUUAUGGAAUAAUUAAUUAAUUUAAAUAAUACCUUAGUAUUUAAUUAAUAUUAAUAAUAUUUAACAAUCAAUAUAUAUCUGAUCUAACUAUCUAACUAUAAUUAAUGAUUAUUUUUACCAAUUGAAUAGUUGUAACAUAUUUUUGUAUUUAAAGAUUUUUGAACAUUGUAUAGUAAAAAUAUAUUAUGACAUGUAAGCACUAAUUAAAAUUGAUAAAAAUGCUGAACCGCCUGGUACAUAUUUGUACCCAUCCAUGAGAAUAUGAACAUUGUUGAAUGAUGGUAAACGUAAAUAAAUGACAGUUGAUUAUCUUUUUUCCAAAGCAUCAAAUAUAUGAUGUCCAAUAGUUCAAAAAAUUAAAUUUUAUAAUACAAACAUACUGCUGUUUCUAUCUAGAAUUAAUAUGUUAAAUUAAAAUAUCUUAUCAAUUGAAAUAAUUUAGUAUAAACUUGAUUUAAAAACAUUUCAAGUUAACUAUUUUAUUAUUUAUACAUAAAUUUAUUAAACCAAUAUAUUUUAGAUUUUCUAUUUUUUCAUUAAGUCAAUUGCAAUUAUUUUCUCCAAUAAACUAGAAAAUACAUUUUUAAUGCACAAUAAAACCAUAAUAGGCUGGUUUAAUAUAUAAUUUUCAUGCCUAUUUAUAAAUGUACUUUUUAUUUAAUAAUUAUAUACUACUAUUAUUAAACUGAAUAUCCAUUUCAUCAUUUUUAUACAGUGUUACAAAAGAAAAAUUAUUUUUAUCUGUUCUAAUUUAAAUUUAAAAUUAAAAAUUAUCAACAUUAAAAUUUACCCUAAGCUCAGCUUCUGCAUUGAUGUAUAUUAUCAACUGACUCGUCCAACUAUAGUUUAAUUUAGUAGUCAUCAAUAUCAACUGAAAUUAUAUUUGUAAAAGAUUUUAGAUACUUGUUACAAAAAUUUAAAUAAAAAUAAAGUUAUAUUUUUAUUACUUCUAUUAUAAUAAAUAAAUUUUGUAUUAUCAUCACAAUAUUGUAAAUUAUUAGAAAAUUUUUUUAACUGUAUGCUGUGUGAUUUUUCAUUUAUCAUGGAGUUAGCCAUACUAUUAAAAGAUAACAAAAGGUUAUGGUAAAUGUAGUAAAAAUUAAAUUUACCAUCCACCAUCCUAUUGUUCUAGUAUCUAUAGUAAAAAUAAAAUAUAUAUGAUCACAAAUCUAAAAUAAUAAUA